AAUCGAACAUAUGAAAGAGCAAAGCAAAAGCAAGCUAAUUUUGAACAGAACUGGAGAAACGAAAGAUAUAAACAAGCAGGCUCAAGUAAAAACAUAGUAGUAAGUAAUAGUUUUGAAGAAGAAGAAAAAUACUCGAGGGAAAAAGAGUUCUAA